UCCAACAUCGUCCUGAACAAGAAGGAGCGUCGGCGAAACAGCAUCAACCGGAACUUCAUGGGCGACUACAUCGGUCUGGAGAACCAUCCGGAACUGCGGCGCUUCCUGGGCCGGCGGGAGCACGUGGACUUUGCCGACACAGUCGUCAAGUACGACCGGCGGUUCAAGACGGUGAAACGGGACUUGAUUCUCACCCCCAAACUCCUCUACCUGAUUGGCCGGGAGAAGGUGAAGCAAGGGCCGGAGAAAGGGGCGAUCAAGGAGGUCCUGAAGAGGCAGAUUGAGUUGGAGAGGAUUCAGUCGGUCUCCUUGAGCACCCUGCAGGAUGACUUCAUCAUCAUCCACGAACCCCAAUACGACAGCGUCCUGGAGUCCACGUUCAAGACGGAGCUGCUGAGCUUGCUGUGCAAGCGCUAUGAAGAACGUGCCCAGAAGCCGCUGACUGUCAGGUUCAGUAACCAGCUGGAGUUCAAGGUGAAGAAGGACGGAUGGGGCCCUUGGGGAGCUGCCGGCUCCCGGCAGAUCCAGUUCCAGAUCUGCCAGGGGGACUUGGCGCUGCUCCGCAACAACGGCAAAGUGCUGGUCGUCAGCAUCGGGCCCGGCUUGCCAAGGAACGCCCGGCCCACCCGGAAGGAUAAUAGGAAGAGCCGGGUACCUUGGUGGGGCACCUGCCCCUGGCUGGAAUGCCCCCACGGCUGCAGGCCCGAAGUGGAACAGCCGGGGCGGCGGUAG